AUGUUGAGGCGCAGCAUGGAAAACCGGGACGUUCAAACCAGACAACUGCAAGAUGCUGUCACAAAUGUGGAGAAGCAUUUCGGAGAGCUGUGCCAAAUCUUUGCUGCUUAUGUGCGGAACACUGCCAGACCGCGAGACAAAGCAGACCUACUAGUGAAUGAAAUCAACGUGUAUGCCUCUACAGAGACCCCAAAUUUAAAGCAGGGCCUGAAAAACUUUGCUGAUGAGUUUGCCAAACUUCAGGAUUAUCGACAAGCAGAGGUUGAAAGACUUGAAGCCAAAGUAGUUGAACCUUUGAAAGCUUAUGGAACCAUUGUAAAAAUGAAACGAGAUGACCUCAAAGCAACAUUAACAGCAAGGAAUCGAGAAGCUAAACAGUUAACUCGGUUAGAAAGAACAUGUCAGCGAAACCCAUGGGAUCCACAUGUUAUUUCACAGGCAGAAACUGAAUUGCAGAGAGCUAUAAUGGAUGCUACCCAAACAACUCGUCAUCUGUAGGAAACUAUUGACAAUUUUGAAAAGCAGAAAAUAAAGGAUAUAAAGACUAUAUUUUCAGAAUUUAUCACUAUUGAAAUGUUAUUUCAUGGCAAAGCUUUAGAGGUCUACACUGCUGCCUACCAAAACAUACAAAAGAUUGAUGAAGAAGAUUUGGAGGUUUUCCGAAAUUCUCUGUAUCCACCAGAUUAUGCAUCCCGUUUAGAUAUCGUAAGAGCAAAUUCAAAGUCAUCUCUUCAAAGAUCACUCUCAGCUAAGUGUAUAUCUGGAAGAGGACAGGUAUCUACCUGUCGACUAAGAAAGGAUCAACAGGCAGAAGAUGAUGAUGAAGAGGAUGAAGACUUAGAUGUUACAGAAGAAGAAAAUUAAUUUUCUUAAGUAAACUUCA